AUGUGGCUCAUUGUGCCGGUUAUUUUGGUCGCUUUAGCCAUAUUUGUAUUUAAAUAUGUCUUCAGCAGCCCCGGACCCAAUCCUUUCGAAACCGACACCCGUGGACCGCUUAAGAAGAUGGUUCACGACAUGAAGGAGAAGAAUAAAGUGCUGAAACAAGGUUUUGUGGCCAGUAAAGUACCAGACAACCUGGAUGCCAUCAUCAUCGGCAGUGGGAUCGGGGGGCUUGGACUCGGAGUGCUGCUGGCCAAAGUUGGAAAGAAAGUCUUGGUUCUGGAGCAGCACGAUCGGGCUGGAGGGUGCUGCCACACGUUCACCGAGAAGGGCUUUGAGUUUGACGUCGGAAUCCACUACAUCGGGGAGUUGAUGGACCACACGCCGUCUCGCUGCAUGCUGGACCAGAUGACCAAUGGACAGCUGCAGUGGGAGCCUCUGGAGAACCCAUUUGACCAGGUGGUUCUGGGACCUCCUGAGAACCAGCGGCGGUACCCCAUCUACAGUGGCAAGACUCGCUUCCUCGAGGAGCUGAAGAAAUGUUUCCCUGGAGAGGAGAAGGCCAUCGACGAGUACUUGAAACUAGCUAAGAAAGCCGGAGAUGGUAUUUGGCUCCUGGCUCUGCUGAAGCUCCUCCCCAGCCCUGUGGCCAAGUUCCUGGUCUACACCGGCCUCGCCAAGCGUCUGUCCUUCUUCUUCAAAAUGGCCCCUCGCAGCCUGACAGAAGUGGUGAAUGAACUGACGGAGAACAAAGACCUCAGGGCUGUUUUCACCUACAUCUUCGGCACCUACGGUAACAUACCAAAAGAUGCCAGCUUUUCCAUGCACAGUCUGCUGGUCACUCACUUCUUGAACGGUGCCUGGUAUCCUAAAGGUGGAGCCAGCGAAAUUGCCUACCACAUGAUCCCCAUCAUUGAGAAGGCAGGAGGUGCCGUUCUGGUUCGAGCUCCGGUCAACCGCAUCUUAUUCAACGGUUCUCAGGAAGCUAUUGGUGUGAGCGUCAUGAAAGGUCAGGAAGAGGUCCACAUCCAUGCACCCAUGGUCAUCUCUAAUGCCGGCAUCUUCAACACCUACCAGAAGCUGCUGCCCAAAGAGCUCCAGGCCCUGCCAGCUAUCCAGAAGCAGCUGAGUAUGAUGAAGCAUGGUGAGGGUGGCCUGAGUGUUUUCGUGGGUCUGAAUGGAACCAAGGAGGAGCUGGGCCUGAAAGCAGACAACUACUGGAUCUUUGCUGAGAACAAUUUUGAUGAACUGAUGGUGAACUACAUGAAUGGAGACAGAGAAGAAUCUGCUAAAAAAGUGCCACUGGUGUUUGUCGCCUCAGCAUCGGCUAAAGAUCCCACCUGGGAGGAAAGAUCACCAGGGAAGUCUACGUUGACUGUGGUCACUUUUGCCAAGUAUGCUUGGUUUGAGGAGUGGAAGGAUGACAAAGUGAAAAACAGAGGACCUGAAUACAAAGAGCUGAAACAAGCGUUCAUUGACUCUAUUCUGAAGAUGACUAUGGAAGUUUUCCCCAAGAUCACCAGAGACAAGAUCGAGUACAUUGACGCUGGAACCCCCAUCUCAAACAAUCACUAUCUUGGAGCCAUGAAAGGUGAGAUCUACGGAGCGGAUCACGGCAUCGACCGAUUCUGCCCUGAACUCUACGCCACAGUGAGACCUCAGACUCCUCUGAAGAACCUCUACCUGACAGGUCAGGACAUGUUUUUGUGUGGUUUUACCGGCGCCAUCGCCGGAGCUCUCACCUGCGGCUCGGUCAUUCUCAACCGCAACCUCCAUCUGGAUACCAUCGUUUUGGCAAAGAAAACUAAGCGUAUGAAUGACAAAUUGAAAGGGGACUACGAGCUGCUGGCGGAGGUCGGAGUGGGAUGCUACGGUAAAGUAUAUAAGGCCAAAGAGGUCGGGGACAGACAGCGGCUCCUGGCGGUGAAGAAGUUCAGCAUCCGCGGCGAAGAUUCGGAGAGCGGCGUCCCUGCCUCCAUGAUCCGAGAGGUGGCGCUGCUGCGCAAAAUGGAGGACCUCAACCAUCCCAACGUGGUCAAGCUCUUGGAUGCCUCCGCUGUCCCAGUGGGCACCAGCCUGGACCUCACUCUGGUGCUGGAAUACAUUGACCAGGACCUGCUCACUUACCUGUCAAAGGUUCCUGCCACCGGACUGAGCCGUGAACGUGUCAAGGAUCUGAUGAGGCAGCUGCUGCAAGGUCUGGACUUCUUACACACAAACUUGGUGCUGCACCGUGACUUAAAACCAGAAAACAUUCUGGUCAGCAACCAUGGAGAGGUCAAGAUUGCAGACUUUGGACUUGCACGGAUGCACACCUUCAACAUGGCUCUCACUCCAGGUGUGGUGACACUGUGGUAUCGAGCCCCCGAGGUGCUGCUGAACUCUGCUUACAUGUCCUCGGUAGACAUGUGGAGCGCCGGCUGCAUCUUUGCUGAGCUCUUCCUCUUGAAACCCUUGUUUCAGGGAUACACAGAGGUGCAGCAGCUGCAAAAAAUCUUUGAGGUGAUUGGUUUGCCCAGCGAGAAGGACUGGCCUAAAGACACCCCGGUCCCAUACUCGCCCAGCUGGGGACCAAAAGGCUCCUCCACCAAGCUGCUGCCUAACCUGGGACCGGACGAGAACGACCUCCUAUCUCAAUGUUUGGCAUUCAGACCGAGCGGUCGCAUCUCCGCCAUCAAAGCCCUGAGCCACCCUUUCUUUGCGAGGCACCCCAAGAGUUCAGUUGAAUGAGGAAUGGAAGAAAGAAAAGCUCAACUGCUGCUGCUCUGAGCUUCCAGAAUCUACAGUCUAUACAGGCAACCAGUGCUGCGCCAUAAGAUCCAUGUUGCUCAGAGCCUGGCGUUUUUGAUGGAUUGUCCUCUAAUAGUUUUAUUUACUGAGUUGUAGUUUCUGACUUUGAUUUGCCUCCAUGUGAACGCAGGAACAGGAUUCUGCUUUUUCAUUUAAAUUUAGAAAUAUGUUGUUUAUUUCCACAAAAUGUAGUGCAACUUUGUUAUUGUUGAGUGUUUCCAUUAAAAGUAGAGAUUUGGUUUUGAUAUUUUCCACAGAGAAGAAUAUUAUGAACACCUUUAAGUUACGUUGUUUCUGUUGACUAAAGAUUUUUUACUUACAUCAGAGGAAAUGUAACGCUUUAUUUUUGAUACUUUUGUGAAGAUAUUUAUGGUGCGAUCAAUACAGAUUACACCAGUAUUUAUGUUUGUAUCCACAGAUUGUAUUUUUCUACAUGAGUUGCACUGUUCAUUUAACAAUCAUUUACAUAAAUAACUUUCUCUUG